GAGGCAGAGGAGCAGUAUUUCGAUAGGAAUGAUGAGCAUUUCUCGUUCUCUCAUGAUACGGGGGAUUCAUCUUCUACAAGUAAUGCACACCAGGACAAUGACACUGUCCGGGGCCAUGCUGGGUGGGCAGUAAAGAGAGCUAGAGAUGUUAUCUUUAAGGGGCAAGAUAAAGUGCCAGCGAAGGAAACUGUUAACGACGAUUCGCCAGUGAUUUUCAGCAGCAAAACAGCCGCACUAGCAGUUUUCUCACUAUUGGGGGAAGAUACGAAACAGGCUAAUGGCAACUACAAUUUUAUUAUUUAUGAGCACGUCAAUCCUUUUUUUAUUUAUCUGCACAAAUUGACUGAACUUCUAAUAAGUCCGGAUAAUAUUCUCAGGGAAAAGGAAAACAUACUGAAAUUUUGUCUUGAUGAAAUGUCAACAAAUAAGGAAUUGAGAGGUAGAUGGAAUGAAAUAACACCGAAUUCAGACAUGGUAGCAUCUGUUGUGGUUUUGCAAAGAAUUGUCACUUUCUUCCUUAAGUCGAAGCAGCAAAUAAUUCGUGAAAAAGAAGGCCUUAAGCCGAAGAAAAAUAGCAUCGCUCACCGACAGCAAUUAAGUCGAAAUAAAAAAUGCUCUGCUGUAUCCCACACUCGGACAACAGUGGAUCAAUCCCACACUCAGACAACAGUGGAUCAAUCCCACACUCAGACAACAGUGGAUCAAUCACAUAUACAAACCUUGAGAAACAAUUUCAACAGUUCUUCAUUACAUGUGUUUUUACUUCAUUUGCAAACUCUGCCUUUUUCAGAACAGGAAAAUAUUUUGACAAAAUUCAAAGGGAAGGAACUUGGUAAAAUAUUGAAGUCAUUGGGACAGCCAGCAUUUUUUGGGAAAAAAAAAGAGAAACAAAUACAGACCCUCUUGGAUACAAUAAAGAGAGGACAGAUAUGCAUAAAUUUUCCCAAAGAGCAAUUUGGUGGCAGAAUAUGUGAUAGCACUGUUUACGUUAUAUCCAUAAGCAAUUGCAGUCAUGUUGGUUGUACCGCCACAUGAUUGCCUUUGCACCGAGAAGAAAGACUCAACUAGAUCUUGACUUAGUCGCUUUGGAAUCACAUAAUGGCUUCCUUGGAGGGAUUGGAUUUCAGGACUUCCAAUGAAUUUAACAAGUUCCUUAAAGCCGUUAAUUGAAACCUGCAAAGUCAAAGAAAACAGUUGGUCA